AUGACAAUUGAACGUAAAGUCAAAGCAGGUGAUCCAUUUACUUGGAGUCAAAUCCAACAAAUUGUAAAAUCAAACAAGCUUGAGCUAUUUGCUAGAAGUGAGGAGCAAUUUAGCAAAUAUUAUCAAUUCAAAAAUGACCUAUCACUGCAAGGUAUAGCUUUGAAUGAUUAUGUGUUGAAUGAAGAACUAGAAUGGAAACAAAGUGACAUUCGCAGCCAAACAGGAGCUACAUCACUUGAAUACUCAAUAUCACAACCACAAGACCUUAUUUUAUAUAAUGAUGAUGACGUGAAGAUUAUUUAUAACAAGUUCCCAUAUUAUUUUGAAAAUUCAGUAUUACAUUUAUGCGUAUGGUCGAAAUUAACGAUACCCAAUGAUGUCAAUUCACCUGUUGGAGAUAUAUCACCAUUAACCAAACACAUAAUUGAACGAUAUUUGCAAAACACAUUCAUUGAUAAAGGGGUUUCUCCUGAUGAUAUCCUUUGGUUUAGAAACUGGUCGAGCUUACAAAGUGUUCGAAGCGUCAGCCAUAUUCAUGUACUUUUACAUGAUGUUGAUGACAGCUUACUUCAGAAACUUCUUAGAGCAGCUGGAAACACGUUGACCUUGGAUGAUUAUAGAGAGUUGCUAGAUGAAUAG